CGCGCACGCCUGACGUCAGCGGCCAGCGUGAGUCACGCGCGCAGGGAGAGCGCGAGGCGGCCUCUCCCUCCCCCCUUCUUCCUCCGGCCCGGCCCAGACCGGUUCCAACCUGCUGGGGCCGGUCCCGACUGCUUCCAACUGCCACCAACCUGUGGUCGGGCCGUGGGGCGGGAAACCCGGUCCUCGCGGCUGAGUGGGGAAGGCGGGACCUCUGUGUGCGGAGCGCACACAUCUUAGGCCAGGCCGUCGAGGCCUAACUGUUCUUCAGAUUGUAAACCCCAGUACCAGGCACUUGUGGACCGAUAAGGAGUUGAAGACUCGACCUGGAUGAGUUCCUUAGGGGCCAGCUCUAGAACCACCUGUGAAUGACGAUUAGCGCGAAGUCCAGUCAGUCGACCCCUUUACUGUGCCUAGGAGGCCUUUUGUAUUCCUAAGGCCCAUAUGUUGUCCAUGGAAGCCACGCUUGCUCGAAUUCAGUUAAAACAGUUGACCCAACCAGAUUCAGGGAUGUUGAGCGUGAUGGGGUAGGAGUCCGUCCUCAGGCCCAACUGAAAUGUGUGGCAUCAGAGAGGGACAGCCCCAAAUGCUGACACUAGAAGAACCUAGUAAGAUGGAAAACCACUUCCUGGGAAUCUACUCGUGUCUAAGUCUAUGUUAGAUACUAAAGAAGGCUUCCCCACAAUCCAUAUGCAUCUGCUUUGACUGGUGGUUUCUAUCAACCUACAAAGACUGACUUAUUGGUGAGGGCAGCUGGACAACUCUGAGAGCAACUUAGAGAAAUCCAUCUUGGGCACACUCUAUAAAGGAGCUCCUUCUCUGGAAAUAGCACCCCAGAUAAAUGCACAAAAGCAAGACACCCUCGUGGACCUACUUCCUCCCGCUUUCAACACCCUGAUGCCUGAAGCUAUACUUGAUACUAAAGGAGGUUUUCGCACAUAUGCAUCUUCUGUAUUUUGAAAUUGCAACUAUGGACAGUUAUGGCUAAUCCUAGUAGAUUGUCUUCCCUUCUUUUAACAUCUUGGAUGAAUUUGGGGCACACUAAUGUAUUAUGUGAAGAUGGAUGUUGAAUGUACCUAAAGGAGUUCCGCACAGAGCAGUGCCCACUCUUCGUGCAACACAAAUGCACCCAGCAUCGGCCCUACACCUGCUUCCACUGGCACUUCGUGAACCAGCGACGACGCCGGUCCAUCCGCCGUCGGGACGGCACGUUCAACUACAGCCCCGACGUCUACUGCACCAAGUACGACGAGGCCACAGGCCUCUGCCCGGAGGGCGACGAGUGCCCAUUCUUGCACAGGACCACAGGGGACACUGAGCGCAGGUACCACCUGCGCUACUACAAAACUGGAAUCUGCAUCCACGAGACAGACUCAAAAGGCAACUGCACCAAAAACGGCCUGCACUGCGCUUUCGCCCACGGGCCCCAUGACCUCCGCUCCCCCGUCUACGACAUCAGGGAGCUCCAGGCCAUGGAGGCCUUACAGAACGGCCAGACCACAGUGGAGGGCAGCAUAGAGGGUCAGUCGGCUGGCGCUGCGAGCCACGCCAUGAUAGAGAAAAUCCUCAGUGAGGAGCCACGGUGGCAAGAGACCGCCUACGUGCUGGGGAACUAUAAGACGGAGCCGUGCAAGAAGCCCCCGCGGCUCUGCCGCCAGGGUUACGCCUGUCCCUACUACCACAACAGCAAGGACCGGCGGCGGAGCCCCCGGAAACACAAAUACAGGUCGUCUCCAUGUCCUAACGUAAAACACGGGGACGAGUGGGGAGACCCCGGCAAGUGCGAGAGCGGAGACGCCUGCCAGUACUGCCACACCCGCACGGAGCAGCAGUUCCACCCGGAGAUCUAUAAAUCCACCAAGUGCAACGACAUGCAGCAGUCAGGCAGCUGUCCCCGAGGACCUUUCUGCGCCUUCGCCCACGUAGAACAACCGCCCCUCAGUGAUGACCCGCAGCCUUCCUCAGCUGUGUCCAGCCCCACCCAGUCGGGUCCCGUCUUGUACAUGCCAUCUGCUGCCGGAGACUCGGUGCCCGUGAGCCCCUCCAGCCCACAUGCCCCUGACCUCAGUGCUCUCCUCUGUAGAAACAGCAGUCUAGGCAGCCCCUCUAACCUCUGUGGCUCCCCCCCGGGCUCCAUCAGGAAGCCCCCGAACCUGGAAGGCAUUGUCUUCCCUGGGGAGUCCGGCCUCGCCCCUGUCAGCUAUAAGAAGGCUCCUGGCUUCGAGAGAGAAGACCAGGUGGGAGCCGAGUUCCUGAAAAAUUUCAAGUGCCAGGCCAAGUUAAAACCCCACUCACUAGAGCCCAGGAGUCAAGAGCAGCCUCUGCUUCAGCCCAAACAGGACAUGCUGGCCAUCCUCCCCGUGGGCAGCCCCCUGACCUCAAGCAUCUCUUCUAGUAUCACCUCUAGCCUGGCAGCUACUCCCCCUAGCCCCGCUGGCACCAGCAGUGUCCCCGGCAUGAACGCAAACGCUCUGCCCUUCUACCCCACCAGCGACACAGUAGAGUCGGUCAUAGAGUCUGCCCUGGAUGACCUGGACCUGAACGAGUUUGGGGUGGCCGCCCUAGAGAAGACUUUCGAUAACAGCUCGGUGCCCCACCCAGGCAGCAUCACAAUUGGUGGCAGUUUGCUGCAGAGCUCUGCGCCCGUGAACAUCCCUGGCUCCUUGGGCAGCUCUGCCUCCUUCCACUCAGCAUCGCCGUCCCCUCCUGUUAGCCUCUCCUCACACUUCCUGCAGCAGCCCCAGGCCCACCUGAGCCAGUCAGAAAACACAUUUUUGGGGACCUCAGCAUCACACGGAUCUUUGGGUCUGAACGGGAUGAACAGCAGUAUCUGGGAGCAUUUUGCCUCUGGAAGCUUCUCCCCAGGCACAUCCCCUGCCUUCCUGUCAGGGCCAGGGGCUGCUGAGCUGGCCCGGCUUCGGCAAGAGCUAGAUGAAGCAAACAGCACCAUCAAGCAGUGGGAGGAAUCCUGGAAGCAGGCGAAGCAGGCUUGUGAUGCCUGGAAGAAGGAGGCGGAGGAGGCUGGCGAGCGGGCCAGCGCAGCAGGCGCGGAGUGCGAGCUGGCCCGGGAGCAGCGGGACGCGCUGGAGGUGCAGGUGAAGAAUCUGCAGGAGGAGCUGGAGCGGCUGCACUCGGGGCCCGAGCCGCAAGCCCUGCCCGCCUUCUCCGACCUGGAGGCCCUCUCGCUGUCCACCCUCUACUCCCUCCAGAAGCAGCUGCGGGCCCACCUGGAGCAAGUGGACAAGGCCGUGUUCCACAUGCAGUCGGUGAAAUGCCUUAAGUGUCAGGAGCAGAACCGAGCGGUGCUGCCGUGCCAACACGCCGUGCUGUGCGAGCUCUGUGCCGAGGGCAGCGAGUGCCCCGUCUGCCAGCCGGGCCGGGCCCACACCCUCCAAUCGUGACCCUGCAGGCCUGGCCCCGGCCUGGCUCAGAUCUUCUCACCUAGGACUUUUUAAAGUAUAUAUAUAUAUAUGUAUGUAUGUAUGUAUGUAUGUAUGUAUAUGUAUAUGAUUAUGUAUAUGUAUACAUCUGUAUGCGUGCAGGUAUGCGUGGGCGGCCAGUGCGUGACCAGUGUCUGUGUGUAUAUCUGUAUAUAGAUAUAGACACACACUUUAAAACAGACUUACCAAGCACUUUUUAAAAGAAGAAACUAUUUUGCAGUCCUCCCCCCGCCCGCUCCCUACCUUCCCCACGGUCCUCUCUUCUCCCACCAGCCUUUUGGCAGGGAAUCUGUUUGUCUCUUUUUUUAUGUAGGAACUAACUAUUUUUAACUUCUUCCUGGGGCCUGAGCAGGGAAGGGUGGGAAGCUGGAAGGGGCCGCGGGGCGGGGACAAGCCUUCCGGACCGGCCCUGUUCACCCCACCUCCCCAGGCCAGGGCGAGAGCCAGGGGUGUAGAGCCCCCGAGCAGACCUGGUUCCCAGCUUCGAGGCCUGCGGGGGUGCUGGGGGUCCAGGCCAGCCUGGCUCCUGGGUUUACCAAAUGUGUUUAGUUUGGGGCUGGUGGGCCCAAGCUGUGGGGCCAGCCCCGCUCCCAGCUCUGGGCCUCGAUGCCUCUCGAGGGGCAAGGCCGGCGGUUCUACCCCUCAGGUUCCUGAGGCCGGGUGGAGAGGGUCUGCCUCCGUCCUCCCUGCUGCACUCCCAAAGCAGCCUCCCUGGCCCCAGGGCCACCUACGAGGCUGGCACUGCCCUCUGUCACCCCCCAGCUGCCUUCAGCUGCCCCCCCUCCUGGCAUGGCCCUGUGCUUUCCACCCCUCCCUCUGGCAGCUAGCAGGGUCGUUGGUAGGGAGGAGCUGCGGACCUGGAGGACCGGGGGCUCAGGCCCUGCCCUCCUCUCAGGAGGGCCCGUAUGCAUUCCUUGGUGCUCUCUGAGUGCAGCUGACGUCCCGCCCCAGUUGGGAGCGGACGCCCGUGUGCAUGUGUGUGCGUGCCUGUCCGAUGUAUAGUGUGUCUUAGCUUCCAUUUAAAAAAUUGUUCUGUACAGAGAGAUGCAGUGGGGGUGGGAGGGCAGAGUGGGUGGAGGGCAGCCACCCCGAUCCCGGCGCUGGGUGUCUGGGGUGGGAGCAAGAGCGCUGCAAAGGGUCUGGCCCCGGCACCCCCCUUGGGCUCAGCACGAAAGGGCUUUCGAUGAAUUAAGUGAAAACUUUCUUUUUUUUUACAAAAAUGCAAAAUCAACAAAGCUCCAAACCUACUGGAAAUAAAAUAUGAACUUGCAGGGGUAGCUUGUUUGCAUGGGGUGAAGGGGAGUGGGGCCCCAGAUGAGCACCCCUGAACUGCUGUCCCAGCCCAGGUUCCAGUCCCACCUGGACUGGCAGCCCUGCCUCAGCCCUGGAAAGAGCUGGUGCCCCCACCCCUGAGGCAGGGCUGCUGGGUGGCUGCAGAGGCCUGGGUGAGCCAGGCCUGCUGUGGGGGACAUAAAGGGGACACAGACCUCCAGCCCUAUGACUCUCUUCAGGACUCCAGCUGCGGUCGCCACUGGUUUCUCAGAGCAACAGUGCCUUUCUCAAAGAAGCAUCAAGAGAAACGUGGGUCCCAGAGGACAUGCCCCCCACUUCCACUCCACCUCUCCCACCCUGCCCCCUGAGGGCGGUGGGUCCCAGCCUUCAAGCUACCACCCGCCCCCGCCCCCGCCCCGCUCUCAGCUGGCCUGCUAGGCGGUUGUGACAAAACACAGCUGUGGGCUCCUCGGUCUGAGAUUCAGAGCUGACAGGGCCGUGGGGAUGAUCUCGGCUCUCCCACCAUUCAUACUUGAUGUGAGCUCAGAGGUUAAGUGACAGCCAGAUUCGCACAGCUAGAAUCACAACCGGGCCUCAGGCUCAGACACCCAGCAUGCAGGCCACCACCCCCCAGGGGUGGGACCCCGCUCCUCUGAGCCCUGCUGUUUAGAGCAGCCCCUGCACCCCUAGGAGGCCCCGGCUGGAGUUCCAGGCCCCUGUGUGGGGCAGCAACCACAGAAAUAGAUGUGCCUGGUAACGUUUUGUUCAAAACAUUUGGCCCAAAUACCAGCAGUGCCGAUUGCCACAGCACCUGCUUCUGCAUGAGCACCCCCACACCCACCUCCCUGCUCUGU